CUACAGUUCAAAAAACAAGCAAGGCAAAGACUUACUCACCGAGAUGAGCAUAGGGAAACCUGAUAGUUUUGAAUAUAAUAUAAAUGGAAGAUUGGAGAAGCUCGAAGGUUGCGAUGGAAAUGCAUGUGGUCUGAGGAAGUUCGUGAAUGAGGGGUCAAAGGCGGAGAUAACGCAGAACCAAGUGGAGAUGAUCAAGCUACCAGGA